UCACUGAUCGGACUCACACUCGCACCUGCAGCUGAAAUCAUGAUGAUUUAAAUCAGUGCGGUUCAAAUCACACAUUUAACAUGAAGAAAGGUUCGCUGAAUUUCUUGGGUCGGAAGAAUCAAUCUUUAUUCGGCACCAAUGUGGAAUUCAAGGAAAUGGGUAAUGUGGAGCUGUUGAUGAACUCGGCUGCCGUACCAGAAUCAGGAACCGCUAAAGUUCGUUCUCGGCCGACGGUCAAACACUUCACGUCAACUGAUGGUGCGCAGGGCUUCGCUGUUCCAACUCCAAAGGUUCCUAUUCUACCACCCCUCAACGGACCCAAAAUUAACGGGACAGGAAGUACGGCAAGUCUCCCAAAUGGAGGAACACUUUCCAUCCCUGACAUGAUCAAGGGGGAAAUACUUGUACCUCCUCCACCCUCCUCUACUGCCCCACGUCCUCCGUCAUUUAUUCCACCCUCACCUAUUGUCUUUAGUGAAAUUGAUCCUUCUAUAGACCUUGCUAGACUGCAGCCUCCUCCAAUGCAGCCCCCAAAGCCUCCUUCACGUAGCGGUUCAGAGUACAGUGCAGAUGUGGACUUGGCCUCCCUGAAACCUCCUCCUAUGGCUCCUCCAAAACCUCCAGCUGACACUUCCAGCCUAAGAGGUUCCAUCUCCAGUCUUGAUAUCCUAGAUAUCCCUGAUUGUCCUAAAUUCACCCCACCACCUCCCCCUGGGAGGAAACCGCUACCUGUUCUACCCAAAGCCCAGGCAGCACCACCUCAGAAACCCAUCCGGAUGCCCUCCGUACCUAAUAUGGAGAUCCAGCCCCAAGAACCAACCCCACCUGCUGCCUUCACUAAAACACCAUCCAGCUUCAGCCCCCAGAACAGCCCAAAAUUGUCCAGCUUCAACCCCCAGAACAGCCAAAAUUUGUCCAGCUUCAACCCCCAGAACAGCCCAAAGUUGUCCAGCUUUAAUCCCCAGAACACGGCCAAACUCUAUAAUGCGCAAAAGAGCACAAUACUGAUUGGCCAAGACAGGGAAAAGGAAGCCCAGUCCAUUCUUCUACUAGAAGAUUCUGCCGGAAACCCAGUUGGUGUUCAUGUCAAAGCGAAUGGUGGGAAAAGUCCUGGAUCUUUCCAACCGGUCCAGCCGGUGGUGCAGCCUGUCAAACCAGCCCGUCAUGGCAGCACCACAAAUCUACUGCAAAAUGACCAAACAGACAUGGCAGAAAAUUUCCAGGUAGAUGGUUUAAGGCAAUCAGCCAAAACAGAGACCAUAAUCAACCCUGAACCUGUGAGGGCACCUACCCCACAAAAUGUCCCCAACGAGACUCCAACAGCAAUAAAAGUCUCACCCAUAAUAGAGAAGAAGCCUUCAGUUCAACCUGAUACAAGUCAGCUGAAGCCUCAGGUUGAGUUUCCUGGCAGAUCUCACAAGCACAGUCCCCUCAUGAACCAUCGACAUCUCAACACGAGAGGUGUUGGCUCGGCGAAGAAAGAGUCUUCAGCAUCACCCUUCGCCCUACUGAUGGCCGCCAAGGAAAGGGACAAGCAGAGAACAAAUCUAUCCCAACAGAACAGCAGCUUGGCUGAGCCUCUGAAUUCUGUGAUCCAACCCAGCCCAACCCAACCAAACUCCUUUACUGUCAUUCCUCGAGACCCAAUGUCAGACAGACCUACGGUGGAACUAAAACCUGCUACAAACACACCACCAAUCGUCCCACCAUCCACAAAAGCAGAGGUUCCAAAUGUGUCUUUUUCAAAGCCUGUGUUAAACCCUGCCCCUUCAACAAACUUUACCCCUAAACUAAACCCCACCCUUCAACCAAGCUCCACUCCGCUAAGCUUCAACCCUCAACAAAGCCCAGCCCAUCGUCCAGUGAAUGGCUCAGUUGGAGGGCAGGGUGUCUUAGAUAGGGAUGUUGAAAGUGGAGAAGAAUUGCCAUUCAUUCCACCACCUCCUGAGUUCGCCAACUUCGACCUUGAAGAUGAACCUCCAGGUUCCCCACCAAGUCGCCACACUCCCACCCCCCCUGUGAAAACUGCCCCUCUACCAGCCAAGCCUUCCUUACCUGCUCCACCUGCUCCAACUACAAACGGCCCCCUAACAGCCCCAAAACCUAAACCGUCCAGCAGUCCUCCUAAAGCCCCAGGCCCUCCACCAAACGUCCUACCUAAACCACCUGUUAAAACUAAUCUCGCCCCACCACCCGCACAAACCGCUCCAUCUGUCGCAGCUAAUCAGGCGACGCUUCUCAGCAUCCUGCAGAAGAAGAUGUUAGAAAUGGACCCCAAGUUCUCAAAUGUCAAAAAAGUGGAUUUCAACGACGACUGGAGCUCCCCACUGUCUGAUGAUGAGGGAACGUCGCCCCUGCUGGAUCCAAACCUCUACAAAACCAUAGCGCCACGCUGCCAGCACAACCUCGCGGUCUGGACAUGAAGGAACUGGAAACUAAAGCGGCCAAAAAAGCUCAAAACUUGGCCAGUUCAACUCAAUCACAGUACAGUAAUGGACCGUCUAAGAAACAGCAGCCUGGAAUGACAUUCACCGUCACACCAGGAAGCAAACAGCCAAUCAUGCCCUUGAUCAAAGACGGUUCAUCCUGAACCAGAGGACAUUCUGGACUGGAAUAAUUAGAGAAAUGUGCCUUACCUGUACAUACACAAACAUCGACCUUAUUUGAACAUUUUGCACCUUAUAUCAAACUUUAUUUAAGUAUUACUGUAACUUUCUAAGAUGUUUGACGGCUGUCACUACAGGACCUGGACGGUUUUGAGUUAUGAAGAUCUUUCUAGAGCUGCUACAAAAGGAGCAAAUGUACCAGUAUAUGCAAGAUGAACUCUUUUGACUUUGUAAUAAUUUGUUUAAUGCAAGUUGCUUUUUUUUCUCCAAUCAGGCUAAUUUCGAUUUUUCUUUAAGAACAUGAGUUAUUUAUUCUGACUUCUUGGGUACAAUAUUUUGAACCUAUUUUAAACAUUAAUGUGCUAAAUUACGCUACAGCUGUCAAUACGGGUCUCUCGCAAUGGUGCUGGAUUUAUCUGGGUCAAAAUAUGCAACCCAGGUAUAAAACAAGGCUUAAGACUCGAUGUCUAGAAAGCGCUGUUAUACAGUAGAUACUUCCUUUAGUGAUUAGCUUUUCAUUUUUGUAGUAAAC